AUGCAGUUUUUCUGGCGGGUCGCUGAGAAUACCCUCUCUGUAGUGGUCAGAGACGUGUGUCAUGCUAUAUGUGAAGAAUAUGUCGAUGGGGUUAUGACAGCCCCCUCCACACCUGAAGACUGGAGACAACUGGCUGAUGGUUUCCUCAAGAAUUGGAACAUUUCAAAUUGCGUUGCUGCUAUUGAUGGCACGCACAUAGAUAUCAGAAAGCCUGCCAGCUCUGGGUCCUUAUAUCAUAAUUAUAAGGAUUUCUUCAGCAUCAUCUUUCUGGCCAUUGUCGACUCAGACUACAAGUUUGUAUGUUGUGAUCUGGGUUGCGAGUAUUAG